AUGGGGGCGUGGAGGGCCGUGCAUAGGGCAUCCGGGGGACUCCAAAGAGGGACUGCAGGGCUGGGCUGGGUUGAAUCUGCCUUUUGGCCAGGGCCGAGUCGAAGGCCGGGGCUAAACAGCUCUGUGGGAGGCGGUCACAUGGUAGGGCGGGAGCUAGCCAGCCUUCUCCAGGGCUGCCCCCAGCCUCGGCUCUGCCAGGCCAGCGGCCGCGCUGCUCAGAGCCCAGGAGGUGUACGAGGUUCCCAGACCAACCCCACUAAGCCGCGCGGACUGGCCAGACAGCUGCCAUCGCUCGGAGCAAGAGCCGAGGCAGCCACCACCCCCUGCUCCGCCCCUCCAGACCCCAGCCACUGGAGCUGCAGCAGCGGCGGUGACAGCAGCAGCAGCGGCGGUGACAGCAGCAGCAGCAGCGAAGGCGGCGGCGGAGAAAACAGCGAGGGCAGCAGCCAGAGCAGCAGCAGCCACACCAUGGAUCUUUCAUUUAUGGCCGCCCAGAUUCCUGUUAUGGGAGGGGCUUUUAUGGAUUCACCAAAUGAAGACUUUAGUACCGAAUACUCCUUGUUUAGCUCAUCGGCCAAUGUCCACACGGGCACUUCGGGGCCAAACCAACUGGAAGACCCACCUCGUUCUUCCAAUGAUGCCAUCUUACUAUGGAUUGCCAUAAUAGCCACCAUUGGGAACAUUGUGGUGGUGGGUGUUGUCUAUGCCUUCACCUUCUGAACAAAAUGAAGAUUGAGCAGCUGGUGAGCAUGAGGCCUGACCCUGCUAAGUGGAAGGAGUGCUGGUAAUCACGUGUGAAACAGAAUCCUGCUGGCAUGGACAGCCAGUAACUGCGUGUGCUUCUUUUUCCUAUCCUUGUAGAUAGAAUUAGGCCAUGCUGUGCCAAGAUACUGAUUGCCUCAUCAUGUAGUUCUUACCAAGGUCUAGAAAUGAAAGUGGACAAACAGGGCCAGCCUUCAGUUUUUUACAUAGUCCUUUCAAAGCCUGAUGGUAUAAACUUGAAUUGUGCUAAAAAUCAGUAUUGUACUUUGAAAAUCCAGUUUGGUAUUGACAGACAACUGCUAUGCCUUCUAGAGGCUCAAAGUUCAUUUGGAAAACUAGGGAAAACAGAUUAACUUGUACAUUUUUCCUGCUUUUUUUUCUUCCACUUGGAUUUCUGUUCUUUUUGUGGGUGGAGAAGGGAAGGUACUUAGAAAAUGAGAUCUGCCACCAAAAAUCUAAGCUAUACAGUACUCAAAUACUAAUGUUUUAUGAUAAGAAUAAAGAUGCUUUCUAUCUCCUUCUGAAAA